AUGACGAUACAUUUAUACAAAACUUCUAUCCCGAGCACACGCAAUGGAGCCGUAGACAGUCAAGUGAAAUCUAAUUCACGAAAUCGUUUGAUUUCUGGACAGCAUCAUUGUGAUAAAGGCCGUAAUGCUAGAGGAAUCAUUACCGCAGGGCAUAGAGGGGGGGGUCAUAAGCGUCUAUACCGUAAAAUUGAUUUUCGACGGAAUGAAAAAGACAUAUAUGGUAGAAUCAUAACUAUAGAAUACGACCCUAAUCGAAAUGCACACAUUUGUCUCAUACACUAUGGGGAUGGUGAGAAAAGAUAUAUUUUACACCCCAGAGGGGCUAUAAUUGGAGAUACCGUUGUUUAUGGUACAGAAGUUCCUAUAAAAAUGGGAAAUGCCCUACCUUUGACCGAUAUGCCCUUAGGCACGGCCAUACAUAACAUAGAAAUAACACUUGGAAGGGGGGGGCAAUUAGCUAGAGCAGCAGGUGCUGUAGCGAAACUGAUUGCAAAAGAGGGGAAAUCAGCAACAUUAAAAUUACCUUCUGGAGAGGUCCGUUUGAUAUCCAAAAACUGCUCAGCAACAGUCGGACAAGUAGGGAAUGUUGGGGCAAACCAGAAAAGUUUGGGCAGAGCCGGAGCUAAACGUUGGCUAGGUAAGCGUCCUGUAGUAAGGGGGGUAGCUAUGAACCCUGUAGACCAUCCACACGGGGGUGGUGAAGGGAAGGCCCCAAUUGGUAGAAAAAAACCCUCAACUCCUUGGGGUUAUCCCGCACUUGGAAGAAGAACUAGAAAAAGGAAUAAAUAUAGUGAUAAUUUGAUUCUUCGUCGCCGUAGUAAAUAG